GGAGAAGGCAGACAGUUGUGCUGCCGACCUACAUGUAGCUCUCCUACAGAGAGACCAUGAAAAGCAGCGUUUCCAGCCAAGAUGAAGCGCAUCUGAAAGGCUAAAGAGGGAAGUGUAAUUCAUAAAACCACCAAGAAGAGGCCCGGAGGAGGUGGAGCUCCACCAACAUUUCCUUCCUCAGACUGUUUCAGAGCAACACAAGGAGAAGCAAACGUCGGCCGCCUUCUGCACAACUUCCUGGUUUUGGUCCAGAUUCCACUGCAGUGACCCGUGCUGCCCUCAGCCCGUGGAGGUGGAGCGUCCAGACAUGCCCAGAGGCCUCAGCUGCCUGUCCAGCCCUGAGGGGGCCGAGGGCAGGUACGAGACCCCCCCGGCUUCAGAGCUCCACAGGCUGAUGUGGACCAAGAAAGGGACCAGCAGCCACCUGGAUGAAGUCCAGCCCAGGAUCUACAUCGGAGACAUGUACGCAGCCAAAGACAAGAGGACUCUCCAGGCUCAUCACAUCACCCAUGUGCUGAACGCCGCUGAUGGAAAGUUCAACGUGAACACGGGGCCCAGCUACUACCGAGACACCAGAAUCACUUAUCACGGAGUGGAGGCUUUUGACAUGCCGUCCUUUAACCUGAGUCCCUUCUUCUACCCGGCGGCCAAUUUCAUCAAGAACGCUUUGAGCUCGCCCACAGGUAAAGUGUUCGUCCACUGCGCAAUGGGCCUCAGCCGCUCGUCCACCUUGGUUCUGGCCUACCUGAUGAUCCAUGAGAACAUGACGCUGGUGGACGCCCUCAAAGCUGUCAGCGCCAACAGGAACAUUUCUCCUAAUCAGGGGUUCUUAGAGCAGCUCCGAGAGCUGGAUCAGAAGCUGCACUGCCAGGGAUCAUCGAGGAGCCGCAGCUCCAACGGACGGACGUAGAAACACAACAUCCACCAGCCCGUAUAUUCUGAUUAUAUUAUAUAUUAUGCUGUUGCCUCCUGUCAGAGUGUGAAGGAGCCGCUAUAACGAGGAUAUCAUGUAAAACAACUGUCUUUACUUUGUAAGAUGAAUUCCAUUUUUGUUGUGAGAAAUAAAGAUCAAAAUGACAGAAGCUUAUUUUUCAAAAACGAAUGACUAAUAAAACCAGGAUGAGUGAGGCCUUCUCCUGA